AUGACAAUAAAUAAUAACAGUGUAUUUUCGACUGAUAAUCCUAACAUUCGUGCUAAAAGUACGAGUAUGAAUGGGAUUCGUGUAAUAGAUACUAACAUUCCAAAUAACAUUUCAAAUAACAUCAUUUCAAAUAAUAUUUCAAAUAACAUCAUUUCAAAUAACAUCAUUUCAAAUAACAUCAUUUCAAAUAACAUCAUUUCAAAUAACAUUUCAAAUAACAUUUCAAAUAACAUUUCAAAUCAUAGACCAUUUAGCACAAACCUUCCAAAUACCAAAAUUUCUUUUUAUCAAAAUGCUUAUCACGGCUUUGAUACCUCUGAUAGUGCUCAGACUUUAACAAGCAGUGGUUCAUUUGUAUCAGAAUGUUAUUCUUUUAGUGAUUCUCCUCAUAUAACAAUUCCUGAACUUUAUCAAAUUAAAGAAUCUCCACAUGUUCAGGAACAUCGUUCAAAACAUAAAAGAUUUAGUGAUCCUUCUUUUUCUAGUACCAUUAAUUCUUUUAAUACAAAACAUAGUUCUCUUGAUAAUUACUUAAAAAAAUCUCAUACUACCGAUUCUUCUGAUUCUCAAAAUGAAAAUUCCAUUGGAAGACUUCGAUUAAAUAAAUCCGAUGAUGGUACUUUGGCUAAACUUCCAAAUCAAAAAUGUCAAAAAAGACUUUCAAAUAUUUUCAGAAAAACAAAAAAACAUCAUCCUUUACUAGCAAAUGCUACUCAAGCUUUAGAAUUAAUGAAAUAUAAUGAUGCUAUUAAUUCUUAUUCUCAAGUUUUAAUGAAAUAUCCUAAUAGUUAUUCUAUUAGAUGUGAUAGAGCUUAUGCUUCUUAUCAAGUUGAAGAUUGGGAUAGAGCUCUUUCCGAUUUAAAUUUUGCCAUCUCAAAAAAACCUAAAAAACCUCGUGCUUAUACUUUACGUGGUGAAAUUUAUAGACUUUUAGGUUCUUAUAAAGAAUCUUUAAUGGAUUUUAAUAAAUCUUUAAAAUUAAAUCCAAAAAAUGUUCACGCUUUAAGAGCUAGAGCUGAAGUUUAUUAUUUAAUAUUUCAUUAUAAUGAAGCUAUAAUGGAUUUAAAUUUGGCUUUAAAUUUAGAACCUACAAGUGUUUAUACUCUUGGUAGACGGGCUAAAGUUUAUUGUUCUCUUGGUUUUCAUGGUGCUGCUUUAUUAGAUUUAAAUAAAGCUUUGGAAAUUGGUGGUUCUCAUACUGAUUCAAUUUUAGCUACUCGUGCUGAUGUUUAUCAUUCCCUUGGACGUAACGAUUUAGCUUUAUUAGAUUUAAAUGAAGCUAUAAUACGUGGUGAAAAUAGUUCGGCUCUUGAACUUCGUGGUUUUAUUUAUAGAUCACUUGGUAGAGAUGAAGAUGCUUUAAUGGAUUUUGAAAAACUUGUUCAAGUUAGUUCAAGAAAUUUUAUUGCUCAUAAAAAUCUUGGUGAAAUUUUAUAUUCUAUGGGAGAAUAUGAAGAUGCUUUAGCUCAUAUGAACAUUGCUGUACAAUUAAAUCCUAAUGAAUUAUCUUUAAUUAAAUUUCGUGGUGAAAUUUAUCAAAAACUUCAAUAUUAUGAUGAUGCUAUAGAUGAUUUUAGUUCAAUUUUAAAUCAUAUUCCUAAUGAUUUAGAAGCUCUUAAAUAUCGUGGUGCAAUUUAUCGAACUUUAAAAUCAAAUACCAAAGCUUUAUUAGAUUUAGAUAGAGCUAUCGAGAACAUAAGGGACAAAGCAUUUAAUCUUGAACGUACUACAAUAGCAUUAUACAAUCGAGGAGCUGUAUAUAGUGCUUUGGGUGAAUAUGAAGAAGCUUUGGCAGAUUUCAAUAGGGUCUUGUUUAGAGAUCCAUAUCAUAUACCUACAUUAUGUGAACGAAGUACAGUUUAUGAAAUAUUAGGAAGGACAGAUAAAGCAUUAGCCGACAUAGAUCAUAUAUUGAGAAUUGAUAAUAAGAAUGAACAUGCUAUUACUCUUAUGAAAAA